AUGAUUAGCGUAGUUGCAUCAGAUUUGGCCUUAAUUUUCAAUAGGUGCAUUGAAUGUGGUGUAUUUCCUGAUUUGAUGAAACAUAGUAAGAUCAUUCCCUUAUUCAAGGCGGGUAGCACGUCUGAUCCUACAAAUUAUAGACCAAUUUCAGUGUUGCCUACUUUCAGUAAAAUUUUUGAGAAGAUUAUACUGGAUCAGCUACAAACCCACUUUAGUGCAAGCAAAAUUCUACACAGGAAACAGUUUGGAUUCAGAAGAGGUCGCUCGACAAGUGAUGCCGGUGUUGAACUUUUGGAAAAUAUAUUUAGUGCCUGGGAGGAUAAACAGGAUGCCCUGGGUGUUUUUUUUUAUUUAUCUCAAGCAUUCGACUGCGUUUUCCAUGAAACAUUAAUCAGGAAAUUGCAUUACUAUGGAAUUAGAAACACUGCUUUGGAUCUUCUUAUCUCUUAUUUGGGUAAAAGGAUCCAGAGAGUGGAAGUUAAUGGAUAG